GGGGAGAUCAUUGGUUUUUUUUCGUUUUUUUAACGGAAUUUCAAGGAAACAAUAAACCGCCCGUCCAUCGCGUGACUUUGCAUUCUAACCGAACAAAUGGCCAUUCGAAUAUGUGCGGCGUGCCACACAAAUAAACACGAGCGAAUUUAUAGAACGGGAAAGCCACGUACGUGCGGCACAGGUUAUUCCUUUUUACCGAAACCUUACGAUUUCACGCUCUGUCGAAUAGUCAUCAAGCGAACUCGGCUGAUGCAGAGUGCGCGACUGUGUGAGAUAUUUUCUCUCUUUUUUCAUAAAAAUUGCUUUUGCAAAAAUAUUUACGGAUAAAGUAAAAGCAAAAUUCGUCAAAUAGUGUUUACUAUUAAUUAUCUAUCUAUUCAUUAACAAAGUGUAGAGACAAGAUUAAUGUUUCACGAUAUGCUCGGACGAUAUCUCUUAACUGUUGUUUGAAAUUUUUCUUAUGUAACGAAUAUAUUCCCUUCCCUUCUCUACUCGCUUGUGUUCUACGAGGAAAAAAGGGGGCGAGAAGAAUGAAGGACGGUAAAUGGAACGAUCGGGUGACAUUGAAUGUGGGUGGUAUUCGACACGAGACGUAUAAAGCGACACUGAAGAAAAUCCCGGCGACCAGAUUAUCGCGAUUGACGGAAGCCUUAGUGAAUUACGACCCGGUACUGAAUGAAUACUUUUACGACAGACAUCCGGAUGUUUUCGCACAGGUUCUCAAUUAUUAUCGCACGGGAAAGCUGCAUUAUCCCACGGAUGUGUGUGGUCCGCUCUUCGAGGAGGAAUUGGAAUUUUGGGGUCUUGACUCGAAUCAGGUAGAACCAUGCUGCUGGAGCACGUAUAGCAUUCACCGAGACACGCAAACCACUCUGGCAAUUCUCGAUAAGCUCGACAUCGAGAGCGAGAAGCUCGACGACGAGGAAAUCGCGCGAGCUUUCGGCUUUGAGGAGAAGUACCACGAGGGCACCUUAACCAAGUGGCAGAGAUUACGAUCUCGCGUUUGGAUUCUUUUCGACGAACCAUACUCGUCGUCGACAGCCAAGUGCGUAGCCUGCGCCUCCGUAUUCUUCAUCUGCCUGUCAGUUCUAUGUUUCUGCUUGAAGAGCCACGUGCCGAAAAACAAGCAUCGUGAAGAAUUACUGGAGGAUCGUUGGAACGAUAUCGCCGAUAUCGCUGGUCUCCAUCAAGCAUUUUUUUAUCUAGAACACGCUUGCAACGCUUGGUUCACCGUAGAAAUAGCGCUCCGCUGCCUUGUAAGCCCUAGCCUGAGGCGUUUCGCCGUGUCGCCGGUCAAUGCGAUCGAUCUAGUGGCGACGAUGAGCUUCUACACCGAGUUCCUGGCAGAACCGAACCUUUACCUGGAACUCUUGUCGAUAGCACGCGUUCUACGGCUAUUCAAGUUGACGAGACACUCGCCCGGACUUAGAAUACUCAUCCAUACCUUUAAAGCGUCCGCCAAAGAGCUGGCUUUACUAGUCUUCUUCCUUGUGUUGGGAAUCGUGCUCUUCGCCAGUCUCAUAUUCUAUGCCGAACGCCUGCAGGAAAAUCCCAACAACGAUUUUGACAGCAUACCACGAGGCUUAUGGUGGGCCUUGGUCACCAUGACCACCGUAGGCUACGGCGAUAUGACACCGAAAACUUUCCCCGGGAUGUUCAUUGGUGGAUUGUGCACCCUCGCGGGUGUCCUCACUAUUGCUCUUCCGGUUCCGGUCAUCGUCAGUAAUUUUUCCAUGUUCUACUCGCAUACGCAGGCACGUGGCAAGCUACCGAAACAAAGAAGGAGAGUUCUACCUGUUACUCCGAGACGAACGAGGCCGUCGUGUCAAAGUUACGCCGACAUCGAGGAUCACCAACUUUUGAGGAGUUCAGCUUCCAAGUCACUAGCGAGUUUAACAUCUCGAUCAAGCGCCAGUGGAUUAGAAACACCGAAUACAUGCAUAGCGAUAAACCUGCCGACAAUACGUACAAAGGCAAUUACGAAAUCGAUGAACAUGGGUACUUUAGCCGCAUCAAAUAGAAAUUUUAAUCCAGAUGGAAAAGAUAUAAUCAAUCAACAAAUAUGCCCUCGACAGGAGUUUGAGAACAAAAUGCCAUUUGCGUCUGCUCGUGUAGUUGCUUCUGAUACUUUUACGAUAAUGUCAGAAAACAAGUAUUAAUGUGUCAAUAAAGAAACUAGCAUCUUUUAUUUGAUUAUAAUUCGUUGUAAUAAUUUUGUGUUGUAAUAUUAUUUGCUUAACAUAUUGGAUAUAAUAUUUAUAAAAGAUGUAAUUAAAAAAUAAUGAAACAAAAAAUAAAAAUGAAAAUAAAAAAUCGCUAUCUUUUCUCCUCGAUUGUCGAUAUUAUUUCCAACAUUUGCGCAUCUAUAAGUCAAAUUAAUCCCUUUAAUGACGAGAAAAUUUUCGCAAACAGGUUCGCGUCGUAAGUCCCUCGACGCCAAGUUCGAGGCAAACAAAGGAAGACGACGCGACGUCUCGAGAAAUAUAGUGUAUCCGCGGGGUGAUCGGUAUUAUCUCCGGGUUAUUGAACGUUAAUCCUCUUCUGGCUCUGAAGCGCGGCUAAUGGAAGAGUGUCAGGGUUGUUCUCGCGGGCGUAUAAUUCGGUACGCGGAGAGCUCCGAGGAGCCAAAGGCUGUUCCUGAAAAGGCGUCAGCGCGCAAGCGUAAGCCAUCGACCGGUGGAGAAAUUCGCUUGAGAGUAGCGACGACCCCACUCGGGCCUCGGGACACAUGUACCUUUGUAACCCAUAUGUACUUUGUAACGUACGCCGCGUUUGCGCGACGCUUCGUAUGGUGUCCUUGCACCAGCUCUUUUCUCUUUUUUUAUCUUUUCAUCGAA